AAAACUAUAUUGCUGGUUCGUUUCACAUAUCUAAAUAUUCUUUUUGGGAAGUGAUGCUGGCUGUAUAGUUGAUUGCUUCCCAAUCAGCUUUCGUGUUUCUGUCUCUUGCUGAUCAAUUUUAACUUCGGCAAUUGAUAAUGCUCAAAACCAGAGCUCACUCGCACUUGUUUUCCCGCCAUCUCAGUUUGGAAAUCACCCCUGUACUUCCAGGUCACUCAGAAUUCCUUCCUGAAAAGCUGCUAUCUCUUUUGAAAAAAUGUUCAUUCACUAAACCCUUUCGACAAAUUCAUGCCCAAAUGAUUGUGAAUUCAAUUCACAAACCCAACCAUUUACUUUCGAAAAGCAUUGACCUCAAAGACUUCACCUACGCCUCUAUUCUUUUCUCUCAAAUCUCUGAACCCAGUGACUACGCCUUUAAUGUCAUGAUUCGUGGGUUAGCCACCACAUGGCAUGAGUACCCUCUUGUUCUUCACUUCUAUUACCAGAUGAAGUUCUUGGGCAUAAAGCCCAACAAUUUCACGUUCCCGUUUUUUUUCAUUGCUUGUGCUAACCUGUUGGAGAUUAAUCACGGCCGUGCCGCCCAAUCAUCUGUGAUUAAAUUUGGGUUAAACAUUGAUAGUUACAUAAGUCAUUCAUUGAUAACCAUGUAUGCCAGGUGUAAUGAACUGGGUUAUGCACGAAAGGUGUUUGAUGAAAUUAGUGAGAAAGAUUUGGUUUCAUGGAACUCCUUGAUUUCAGGAUACUCAAAACUGGGUUAUGCAAAGGAAGCAGUGGAGUUAUUUGGGGAAUUGAGGGAUGCUGGGUUUGAACCUGAUGAAAUGACUCUAGUCUCCGUUCUUGGCGCCUGUGGAGAGCUAGGAAAUUUAGAUUUGGGGAGGUUGGUAGAAGAGUUUGUCGUGAGACACAAAAUGACUGUGAACUCUUAUAUAGGUUCUGCUUUAGUUAGUAUGUAUGCAAAGUGUGGUGAUUUGGCAUCUGCUAGAAGGACCUUUGACAGUAUGGCUAAGAAAGAUAUCAUCACAUGGAAUGCCAUGAUAACAGGAUAUGCUCAAAGUGGAAUGGCAGAUGAAGCGAUUAUGCUAUUUCAUGGCAUGAGAGAGGAACAUAUUGAUCCAAAUAAAAUCACGCUAUCAGCGGUGCUGUCAGCGUGUGCCUCCAUUGGGGCUUUGGAUUUGGGGAAAAAUAUUGAUGAAUAUGCUUCACAAAAGGGAUGGCAAUAUGAUAUUUUUGUAGCCACUGCAUUGAUUGAUAUGUAUGCUAAGUGUGGGAGUUUAGAGGAUGCACUGAAAGUUUUUAAUGAAAUGCCCAGAAAAAAUGAGGCUUCUUGGAAUGCAAUGAUAUCUGCUCUUGCUUCUCAUGGUAAAGCCAAGGAAGCCCUGUCAAUGUUUGAACUCAUGGCAGGAGAAGGUGGCUCUGUGCAGCCUAAUGAUAUAACAUUUGUUGGGUUGCUUUCUGCAUGUGUGCAUGCAGGCCUUGUCCACGAAGGCUAUAGACUGUUUGAUAUGAUGAGCACAUUGUUUGGAUUGAUUCCAAAAAUUGAGCACUACUCUUGCAUGGUGGAUCUUCUGGCACGUGCUGGCCAUCUAUAUGAAGCCUGGGAUCUCAUCGAGAAAAUGCCCGAAAAACCAGACAAGGUUGUAUUGGGUUCUGUACUUAGUGCCUGCAGAAAGCUAAAAAAUGUAGAAAUAGGCGAACAGGUUAUGCAGCUGCUUCUGAAGUUGGAUCCUCAGAAUUCUGGGAACUAUAUUAUUUCAUCAAAAAUAUAUGAAAAUUCGAAUAGGCGGGAUGAUUCUGCAAGGAUGAGAAUGUUGAUGAGACAGAAGGGCAUCUCUAAAACUCCUGGUUGUAGCUGGAUUGAGAUCAAGAAUCAACUUCAUGAGUUUCUCGCAGGAUCAAAUGAAUGUGAUGGCAACAACGCGCUUUGUGAAACUGCACUAGAAUCAACAAUUCUAUGCGAAGCUGGAUUGAACAACCUCGAGAUAUCAGGCCCAGCUGAGGAACUCGAGGUAUAAGAGCAGUAACCAUUGUCAUGGAUAUUGAUUUUACUUCUGGAACAGAAGACGAAAACUGGGGCAAGUAGCGGUUGCAAACCAAAAUUGUAUCUUUUGAAGAGUGAAGAUUUGGUAACCUGCUUUGCCGCUUUGUUCCAUUACGAAAGAGAGAAAAAGGUUGAGAGGUUGGAAGGGGAAGAUCAUUUACGAAACAGCAAUAUUUUCAUCUUGAUGUUUAUGAACGACAUCGUUUAUGCAUGUGGAAAGGGCAAGAUUUCUUGGGGAAUCCUUGAAGAUGCUAAUGGAAUUCACAGAGCUAGGCAAAAGCAAGACUGAAAGGAGAUUAUAUUACUCGCAGCGGUACAUCAGCUGAUAUGAACAAACAAUAAUGGAGUAACGUUGGUUAUAUUUAUGCUUCAAGUGGGCAGGUAUGCAAUGCAGCUGUGGAGCCUAGGUUAACCCGGCAUUUCAGCUUCAUAAAAGCCGAUUAGAUGAGUGCUAUAUGUGAUCACUUGCAACGAGUUUUCCUAGGAAAGGGACGUGGUUCAAUAAACAAUGGUUUAGCAUGUAAUGUCUUCAUGUACAAGACCAGGCCAGACCACAUGAUAUCGUCAAGCUGAAACUGGAUUGAAUGCUAGUACUUAGAGGAACAUGUGGCAGUACGUUCUCAUAUUAAUCUGCAUUAUCACCAUCGUUUUCUUGUGCGGCCCUGUAUAAAUGGUAAUAACAUCAUUUUUUUUUUCCUUCCUGC